AUGGAACCAUUAGAACCAGUAGAAGUGGCCUCUGCACAGCAAGGGGAGUGGGUGCAGCAGCUGGACCUCCUGAGGCCACCAGGGCAGAGUGAUGAUGGUGACAGGUACAUAGAUUUGUGUUUUACAGGCUCAUCAUUUGACAUCUCAGGUCCAGAAGCAGUGAGAGGUCCGGAGCAGGGAUCGCUGACUGUGCAGUGUCACUACAACCCAGGGUGGAAGGCAUACCUGAAGUGGUGGUGUCGAGGGGCUGAUUGGGGCAGCUGCAAGAUCCUUGUUCAAACCAAUGGAUCAGCGUUUGGGGUGAAAGAGCGUGUGUCCAUCAGGGAUGAUCAGACAAACCACACGUUCACUGUGACCAUGACGGAGCUCAGGCCAGAAGAUACAGACACUUACUGGUGUGGGAUCGAGAGAACUGGAACUGACCGUGGGUUCCCUGUUAGAGUGACCAUUGACCCAGGUAAGAGCACGUGCAUGUGUGUCUGUGUCCUUUCAGAGCCUGCUCUGCCCUGGUCCCUGAGGUCCCUCUCCAGUGACUGA